AUGUAUUUACAAUUAAUUUGUGCUAUUAUUUAUUGUUUAUUUUCAGCUGGUAUUGUUUUUGGUUUUGCUGCUUUAAAACCAAUUCUUAUUGAUCAAAAUAUUUAUAAUGGAGAUGACUUGAAAAUUAAUCUUUUAUUUACAGUAGCUUGUAUGAUUACAAAUUUAAGUGCAUUACCUGUUGGAAGUAUUCUUGAUUCUUAUGGUGCAAAAUUAACUUGUAUAAUUGGUUCAAUUAUUUUAUCAAUUGCAAGUUUUAGUUUAAUUAAUGGUUGGUAUUUAAUUGGUUAUACUUUAUUAGCUUUGGCAGGUCCAUUUAUUUUUAUUUCAAGUUUUCAGUUGGCAAAUGAUUUUCCAAAAAAUUCAGGUUUAGUAUUGGCUUUAUUAACUGGUGCUUUUGAUUCUUCAUCUGCAUUAUUUUUAAUUUAUAGAAUUUAUUAUUUUAAUAUUUAUAAAGUUUCAAUUUCCAAAUUUUUCACUUUAUAUUUAAUUAUUCCAAUUUUCAUUUUAAUUUGUCAAUUAAUCAUGCCAAAUUCAAAUAAAACCGUGGGUACACUUGCUAAAAUUGCUGAAACUGGUCUUGAUGAAAGUGGUCAACCAAUUGGUGGAGAAUCCGAUAUUCAUCAAACAACAAUUUCUGAAACAACUUCAUUAUUAAUUAGAAGAGAAUCAACAACUUCAAGACAUUCAACAAAAUCAACGUAUGAAUUAGAAGCUGAUUCAAAAUUAAUUAAAUCUACUGGAGGUGUUUUUGGUAUUCUUCAUGGUUAUUCAAUUUCACAACAAUUAUCAUCACCUUGGUUUUUAUUAAUGACUCUUUUUACAACCAUUCAAAUGUUGAGAAUUAAUUAUUUUGUUGCAACAAUUAAAUCACAAGAAACAUAUCUUUAUAAUAAAGAAAUUGCAAUUAUGAUUAAUCAUUUUUUUGAUAUUGCAUUACCAUCGGGUGGAAUGGCAUCAAUUCUAUUUAUUGGAGUAAUUUUAGAUAAUUUUACCACAUUAACAGUAUUGACAAUAUUAACUGUAUUAUCAUUAUUUAUUGGAAUUUGUGGAUUAUUUUCAUGGUUGCCAGCUACUUAUGCAGGUAUUAUAGCAUUUGUCAUUUAUAGACCUUUUUAUUAUACCGCUGUUAGUGAUUUUUGUGCUAAAGUAUUUGGUUAUGAUACAUUUGGUACAGUUUAUGGAUUUAUAAUUGCAUUUUCAGGUGCUUGUAAUAUAUUAACUCAAGUUAUGGACAAAACAACUCAUGAAUAUUUUAAAAUGAAUCCAACUCCAAUAAAUUUAUUGUUAAUUGGAUUAACUGCAAUUUUUGGAAUUUUAUUAAUUGGAUUUGUUAGAUCUCAAUCUGCACAAAUUAAAAGAAAAAAUUUAGAAAUGGAAGCUCAAGAAGCUAUUCAUAGACAAUUACCAAAUUAG